ACUCACUCCUCAGCAUCAUCACGAAGAAAACCCACUUAGAAACACCAGAGAAAGCUUCGACGAAUCCGUCUGUCGCUCCUUUGUUAUUCGCGUUACCGCAUAGUUCGGAGAUCGCCGGUCGUUGAUCGCAGCGGCGCUGUGUGUUUAGAGCAAUGGAUCACGAGAGCAAGACCACCCACGAGUGCGAGACCCCGGUCGUCCAGGAAGGGACUGCGGAGACCCGGGACCGCGGGCUGUUCGACUUCAUGGGGAAGAAGAAGGAGGAGGAGGGAGAGACGAAGCAGGAGGAGGUGAUGGUGGCGGAGUUCCAGGAAAAGGUAAAGGUGGAAGAGUGCGUCGUAGAGGAGGAGGAUAAAGAGAAGGAGAAGAAGCAUGGCCUCUUGGAGAAACUCCACCGAUCUAAUAGCAGCAGCUCCAGCUCAUCCGACGAAGAGGAAGGAGAGGGGGAGGAAAAGAAGAAGAAGAGGAAGGAGAAGAAAGAGAAGAAGAAGAAGGAGGAAGAAGAGAAGAAGUACGAGGAGCAUACGAUCGUCCCUGAGAAGAAGUACGAGGAGGAUACGACCGUCCCUGUGGAGAAGUGCGACGAGCCCGGUGAGCCAGCGGAUGAAAAGAAGGGCUUCCUCGAUAAGCUAAAGGAUAAACUGCCUGGAGGUCACAAGAAGGCCGACGAAGUCUAUUCUCCUCCGCCGCCGCCCCCGCCUCCGGCGGAGUGUGCGCCGGUGGAGCCGCCAUACCAGGACGGAUCUCCCAAGGAGAAGAAGGGGUUGCUGGAGAAGAUCAAGGAAAAGCUGCCCGGGUACCACCCCAAGGGCGACGAGGAAAAGGAAAAGGAAAAGGAAAAAGAGUGUCACUGAGGGGAGAACCGCCUUUGCUCUUAAAGUUUACGUGUGGAUUUGCUUUGCCGCGGUGGUUGUUUUGAUUGAUGUGUUUUUAAUUCCGGGCUAUAAUUUCCGUUUUCUUUGAUAAGGAAAAAAAGAGAGUAAAAGUGAGGGAGUAUUGUAUAUUAGUGCUAUGUGUGCUUGUAUAUGUCUCUGCUUUAUUGCUAGUAGGGUUUGUUAAUGAAGUAUUUUAUUGUUCUUAAUAAACUUAAACAUUUCGCCCCACA